AUGCAUGCAUGGGAGAAUAUUCCAAUGGACGCAGAGGCCGAUUUCCCACCGACAGAGACAGUUCAUGGUCCAACUAUACCAACCAAGUUGACCAUUGUACAUUCCACUGGAGUGUUUUUGCAUAACAUUGUCUGGUGCAGCUGUCCUGGGGUCGAUUAUACUGUUCCUAAUAGAUAUCGAGAACUCAUGAGAGUGUCUCGACUGUGGAGAGACUUGAUGAGUCGAAAAUGGUUUGGGUUUGCCCAUAAUGAUGAGCAGAAACCGGACAAGGGUGAUCUGGCUUGUUGGCUUGUUUCACAAAGAUAUGUGGUAGACGGGAACUUCACUGCUCAGCAUAUGGUAAUAAGAAAACCACAGUUGGACAUUAGUUUGUCAGACGGGCUUGGGUAUAUGGUGAAAGAUCAUGAAUACCAGACUCAUCUGUCAUCGGCUGUAGAAAGUAAAGAGCGGUCUUCUUGCAGCAAUCAUCGUGCAGUAAAUGCAGCCAAUAUCAGCAGGAGCAAUCUUCGAGCUACAGGUGUAGGAGCAACUGCUUGUGCUCGACAUGGAUGCUUUGUUCCUCAUAGUAUAGUUGAUUUUCAGAAGGGUGAAAGACACAUGAAUAUCGACUACUCAAUAUGCAAUGCAUUGAAUUAUCAUUCAGCUGGUAUAGACUCUUCCCUCAUCAUUUAUGAUGUGGGGUGUCAGUGGAGCAUUAAUUUUCUACAGAGAGUAGCCCAGAGCAAGGGCUUGUCUGUACCUGAAAAUAUGCACAUUGUUCCAGCAGUUGGAAAAUUCCAUCUUAGCGCUCACAAAUUGGCUUGCUUUGCAAGGUACAGCCUCAACUUUAUUCAAGGGGCUGGACAUGUUGAUGGGGAGAUUUUGGAGACUCUGUGGGCACCAUUCAAUAAGAUCUCCCCAACUGCUCGGUCAAUGAGUCAGGCACACCGUCAAGAAGUUCUUGAUGAUCAUAUGCGAGACUCAAACUGGAAAAAAAUAGUGGGAAUAAUGAAAACUCUCUUGAAAAAGUACAAAUGGGCUCUCAAAGGUGUUGAUGACACAAAGUCUCCCUUUGACGAGCUCACUCUGUCUCUGGACCCUGAGAAGAUUUUGAUGUGGAAGAUCGAUGAGAAAAAGGCCAUGGAACAAUGUGGAGAGUAUCUUGACAUCUAUCAGUUGCAGAUGAACAAAGCUCCAACUAUGGCAGAGAUUAGACUCAAAUUAACUGAGUCUGAGAAUACUGACACUGGCAAACCUGGGACAGUCUCUUGGCUCAUUACUGGCAUCAAUCUGGAGGAUUUACAAUUCUGCUAUGCAGGUCAUGAUGAAAAUGUUUGGGGAGAGGUCUCAGAUGAAGAGAUCUCAGAGUAUAUUGAUGAAGAAAUCUUGGCUGAAGAGAUGGGUAUCUGGAUGCCAUCAUCAGUGCCCUACCAGGAUGCAUUGGCUCUCGGACUGGGUCCCCUCCAAGUUGAAGAAUUAGAACUUCGAAAGGGCCAAGCCAAUGACUGCCUCAAAAAGCUCCGAAUGGCCCUUGGUCAUAAGGCCAUCAUCUAUCGUCAGUAUUUUCGAAGUGCUAAUUCAACAUGGGCUGGGACUAGGUCAAAGCAAGAAGCUCAACGCUGUCAGCUCAAAAUUGACAAGUGUGUAAGAAGCUAUCAGAGGGCAAGGUCAGCAAUGGAAGGUCUAGGCAUGGACAAAGCCACCUUGGGGAGUCUUUAUCAGCCAAUAUCGCCUACAGAGCUCAGUAUAGACAAAGAGGUGACAGAAGAACAUAGAUUUGGACAAGGAUCAGACAGGCUGGCUUGGUUUUGGAGGGGAAAUAAUGCAAGCCAAGGUCAAGACGAUGCCUGGAUAGAUGAAUCUCCAACCGAUCUAGUCUACAGGGUGAACUGGUUGAAGGCUAAGGCUAGAUGGAAUAGAUGGCAAGAGGAAUUAAGGCUGGUAAGACAUGAAAUGGGUUGGACCAUAAACUGGUUCAAGUACCACCAGAAUGAAUGGGAGAGAAGGGGUGGCCAAGCCACCAGACCUGGUCAUCAAGCCUAUGCUUAUCAGCAGGUCUUGAUGUGGGGAAGAUUUGUUGAGGAGGCGGAGAAAAAUUUCAAUGGAUGUAGCCUAGCUAGCACUAGCUCCACUCUAUGUAGUCCACAGCUGGCCAAGAUAAUUGUAUCUAAGAUAUGGACUGGCCAGAUGGUUCCUACAGCAUUCCAUGUAAUUCUGAUACCAAUAACUGACAGAAUCAAGUCGGCCGGAACUAUCUGA